CUCCCUGUGCGAUGAAGACACUGAGGCCCAGAGAGGUUAAGUGACUCAGCCAAGGUCAAAGAGUUAUCUAGGAGCCAUGUCCACUUUGUUCCCCUCACUCUUCCCCCGUGUGACUGAGACACUGUGGUGUAAUGUGGAUCGACCCUGUGUGGAAGGGACAGAGCUGAAGCAUCAGGAACAGCAGCAUCAGGCCUUGCUCCAAAGCAUUGCAGAGAAAGACAACAACCUGGUUCCUAUUGGCAAGCCAGCAUCAGAGCAUCAUGAUGAUGAGGAAGAAGAGGAUGAUGAAGAUGAUGAGGACAGUGAAGAGGACUCAGAGGAUGAUGAGGACAUGCAGGACAUGGAUGAGAGGAAUGACUACACUGAGUCACCUGAUGACAGAGAGGUCAAUGAGUUGGACAUGGAAGGCAAUGAACAGGAUCGGGACCAGUGGAUGAUCUGGGGAGACAAGGCAGGGUGGCCUCAGGGAGAUUCCAGGCCAGCCCAACCUACCCUGCAUCCCAACCCCCACAGAACCAGCGGACGGCCCCAGUGCCUGAAAGUGCCCUUGGGCACCUCCUCAGCUGCUGCCAGGAUCUGGUCUCCUUGGCCCCUCCCAGGCCAUCAGUCUGCACUUGAAAUCCCCAGAGCCUGA